CUUCCCCGGCGGUCGGUGGGUCGGGUGUGGGUCGGUGGGGUCCGGGCGGCGCCGGGUGCCCGAGCAGGACGAUGGCGGCGGAGGGCUCCUUGGAGAUCACACAAAGUAUGGAAGAUGAGCCUCUUCUGGAUGGACAGCUUCUCCAACACGAUUUAUUACAAGCUUAUUUCAGGCCCACAUUCCAAACCAUUCCUACAGUCAUCGUAACAAAUCUCCUGUUGUUAGUACAGGUUAUAUUUGUCGUCUUAGCGUUUUUAAUAGAGAUUCUCUGUUCCUAUCCCAACCCAAAUGAGGACAAGUGCCCGGGAAAUUACACCAGCCCUUUGAGGGUUCAGACCGUUGUCAUCAUUGGGAAAAUAAUACUGUGGACUCUGCACAUGCUUCUCGAGCGUUACAUUCAGCAUCACCACAGCAAAGUCAGAAAUAGAGGCUACCUCAUGAUCUACCGAUCCACAAGCCAUCUCAAAAGGCUCGCCUUAAUUAUACACUCGACCGGCAAUGCAGCAGUUCUCCUCAUUUGGGCUAUGGAGCGUUCUUUUCCGGACCGUGGUCAACUAUACCUGGAUUUUAUUUUGGGGAUCCUGGUCUUGGAGCUGAUUGGUUCACUCAUAUGUUUAGGCAUUUACACAGUUAAAAUAAGAAAAUUUAACAAAGCCAAACUGAGACCUGAUAUAAUUGAAGAAGAGAAGCUGUACGCCUACCCUAGUGCUAUUACCUCAGAGACUGGGUUCAGGACCAGUUCGAGUUUAGAAGAAAUCAUUGAAAAGCAAGGAGAUGUGAUUGAAUAUCUGAAGAGGCACAAUGCACUGUUAAGUAAACGACUACUGACUUUCACAUCUCCGGAUUCAGUGACUCGGGCAAAUAGAGUGUGAAGGUAUCUAAAGACAGCCGUGUGUUCAGGGGGAAUCUAAGCAUGCAGUGCAGAUGACCUUGGAAAAACAAUCACAGUCCAUUGCUGCUUUUAUAGAAUUUCUAUACAUAUGUAAUCUGUAUUGGAAGCUGAAUUUUGUUUACAUUUUUUCCGGUCUUAGUUUCUUUUCAAAAAUCACUAUUAAGCUUUUGAAAUUUCGUUCUGGUUUUUGAGCUGUGAAAUAUUUAUUCUAUGGAAAAGGAUCGUUUUACAUUCUUUUGAAUUGGUUUCAUCACUUUUCUUACAUGUAAAGGUGUGUACGUACAGACUCCCCCAACUCUUCUGGAGACUCCUCAAAAGUCUGGUUGGCAUGAGGCAGUUUACAAUGCCAGGUUGCUCCAGGAAGUUUUGAAAGAAGUGUGAAUCAACUGCUUAAGCCAGAGAGGUUGAGUCAUUGCAGUUUUCUUGUGAAGAGUUUAAAAAUUCCCUGGGCUGACAAAUGAGCCUGGCCCAACUUCCAGGAGAGCAACACGCUCUGGAGGAUGUCACACUUGCAGGAAACUUGUCUAGAGAACCAUGCUCACACCCACCUGUAGAGGAACCUUUUUGAGCCUUCAGCUUCUUUCCCCCAUUGCGUAGCAGGAGACACCUGCAAAUGCUGGCUCAGGCUACUUACAGCCUUUCUUCGAACAUUCAGAAUGCCUGCAGCUCCAGAAGCACUUCUGUUGGACUCCCCUCUCCCCUCAUGAAAGUCAGUCACAUCGGGAUGGUGUUGGAAGAGGAUCAGUCAGUUGGUGGAUUGCAGCCUUCCACAUUUAGUCUCUGAGGUGGCCUUGCAUGUUUCACCACUCCUUUGGAAAGAAACCAAUCCCAUGGUUCUUCAAAUAACCGAUUCUCAAUGGAGCUUUAGAGGUGAAGCUAAAAGAGCCAAGCUGACCAUCUAUUUUACCCAAUUACUAUAAAUUUCAUGAUUGCCAUAAGGCAAAAGAUCUGUAAUUAUCAUAAUGGAACUGCCUUCUCGUCCCUCCCACCCCACUUCCAAGAAAUCGUUUGCCCACGGUGACUUUAAACCUACCUAUUUCAAUUUGGUGCCUUUAAAAAAAAACGGUAGAGGAGAAAAUCACAAGUGCAAACAUAUGUUUCUCAGUCUAGUGUUCCAGUCCCACCUCUUUUUUUUUUUUAGUUCAAAACUCAAGAGUGAACCAUUCGGCACCAGAAGCUAAUAUGACACUUUGUGAACCUUGCAGUAUUAUGCCAUUGCCUGUCAUAUGCUAUCUCCAUUGCUCUUUCUAAGCACUGGGAGAGCUGGUGGGUACUGGCUUCUUUCAGUGCUGGGAUUAUUGUUAGAAUUCUUAGAGACACUGGGUCAAAACCACUAAUGAAUCUGGAGGAUGGGAAUCUAUAUGUAUGGUGAGUGAAGGGGAAUUUUAAAGAAUUCACAAUGCCUAACUUCUGGCUGUGUGUAUGUGGUGUGUGUGUCUGUGUGUGGGAGCAUGUGUGUAGCUUCUUUUAUUAUUAGUGAAUUCAACUAGAUUCUCUACUUUGGUUUUUUUCUCCACCUGCCUCUUCAAGCCAUUACCUCCUCAAUGAUGAACAAAGUUUCACUUUCAUUCAAGGAGAAAAGCUAUUCAUUCUGCCUUCUCUUUCCUGGUCUUCUAAUGAAGUAAAUCCUUUCCUACAUACUUGCAUUGGUUGUCCUUUAUUUAUUUUGUAACUCUCUGUGGAAUCCAUUUUUAAUCACCUGAAUAAAAUACUUAUGUAUUUGGAAAAGAACCAGCCAUACUGUAGAAAAAGUACUUUGAGGGAUACGGUGAACAUUUUCUACGUAUAUAUGAUAUUUUGUGUAUAUAUGACCCUGUACAUAAGAUGAAGGAACAUAACUGUUUGAAUAAUAAAUGCACUUGGAGUAAUACUGAA